AUGGUGUCUACAUGGACCACCAAGAAGCUCAAGGGCGAAGUCACCCCUCAAACGGAUGAAAUGGUCGCUGAGAUCAUCGACGAGAUGAAGCUUAAUUGGUCCGUGGACAACAUCGGCAAGACGAUCCCCGAGCGCUUCCGCUACAUUGCCCGCGUGCCUCGUAGCAACCAUGUGCGUUUCGUCAACCCGCGACGAACGGAGGAAGAUGCCGCCCGGUGGUCCUACGGAGUGCUGAGGAAGUUGAAAAAGCUUAGUCGAUGCUCGAAGGGAGAUGUGGCGGGCGGCUUGGCAUCCCUCUCAAUGGUCGUGGAAGCCCAGGAAAAGCAUAAUAGAGCCGCUUUAGCUACAGGACUGCUUGGCCUCUGGCCUCGCAACUUCAAGCUUGCGAUUACCCACUACAAGCAAACCCACCCAGAGAUGGUGAACAAUUGGGCCGCUGUUUGUCCGACGGAUUUAAGAGACCUCGGACAUCUGCUUGGGAAAACGUACGCACCUCUAGGCCCUAUCAUAGCCACGGAGGCAGGAUCCCCGGGUUGCCCACUUACCCCAGUAGACUGCGACAGCGAGACCGAAGACGAAGAGGAUGAGAAUGAUGAUGAUGAAGAAGAGGAGGAUGACGAUGAGGAUUCGGAUGACGAUGAUGGUGAUGGUGAUGGUGAUGGUGAUGGUAGUGCUCUCAGCACCACCGCUACUCGCCCAUUUGUUAGGAAUUCCCAUGUCCCCACGUCGGGCGAGCAACCCGCUGAGAACGGGACCGCCACUACGGGCGCACUCACGGGCUCGGCUACCACUGUUCAGCACCGUCUGACCCACCCCAAUGCACAGCGCGACGCCUCAAACCCAAUCACACAGAGCGCCAGAGAGGAGUCCACUCUGUUCGUUACCGGAAACUCUCCUGAACCAGAAACCACCGGCCGAGACACCACGACUGAGCCUCAGACGUCACAGGACCAAGCCGAGCCGACUUCCGUCUGUGCUCAGGGGGAUGGACUUCGGUUAACCAUCCGGGACUCAACCAUCCAGAACAAAGCUUCGCUCUUCGGCGAUGGCACAGACAUAUCCCCCAGCGUUUCUCCUAGCUUCAAGUCUACUACGACUAAACCUCAGACUACAGAUGACAAGGCGAACCCGACUUCCCCAGCCGCUACAGACGGUCCUCCAUCCAAGGCAUCCAUUAAGCGCGAACCAGACAUCAAGUUCGUAUCUUACGUUAAACGGGAGACCAAGACCGGACCUGAUAUCAAGACUGAACCUGAUAUCGAUAUGCCUAUUCGCCGCAAACGCCCGGCCCAAUACGUCGAGGUCAUUGACGACGAUGCUGCAGACGAGGAUAUGUGGCGCUUGAGGAUCGAUCUCGAUGAGGCCAAGGUCAAGUUGGCAGAAUCGAAGUUCCAGGCUAGGGCUAAUCAGCGGAAGCGUCAGAGAAGAGUGGUGCCUGGUGGCUGGUACGAUCCCUUGGUUCUCGACUGAAGGGACAUAAUACAUGGGGAUGAGAUGAGCUGCUUGAGAUAUCCCUGGCGGAUACAUCACGGUUAGUAGAGGGCAGGUCGGGAUGGCAUUCAAAAGUAUAUGGCGUUUGGGUUUGAAUCUUUAUCAUUUGCGGAUGCGUUUGCUUUUAUCUCUUGGGAACUGGGGCUGCCCAGCACUUUGGGAUAUACUGGGGACGGGUCACAAAAGUUUGGGGCUUGGUUUUGGGACAAUAAUUUUGCGGAUGCUUUGGGUUUCCCCGAAAAGGGGCAGAUGCUUGGCAGAGGCCCAUCUAUGAUGAUAGCGACUUGCUUUUUACUUAGUGGCUUCAAUACUGGC